AUGGUGAUCCGGGGACCACUGGGCCUGAUCACCAUCCUCACGUCUCCAGUCUCGCUUUUUUUCCUGUCAAGCUAUACUCUUGCAGGGCCUCUUAAGACUAAGCCGGGCAAGCCCCGCCCCUUCCGCCGUGCGCGUGACGUCACACGGCCUGGGCCGGGCGGGGUUUGGGCAACGAGGGCUUCGCGCGCUUCUCGCUCUACGUCACCGGUGCGUAGGCUCUGCGCUUUCAAAAUGCAGCGGAAAUUAGUGUGUUUUCCGCUGUCUCCCGCGGUGCGCGUUAAGCUGGUGGCUGCAGGGUUCCAGACUGCCGAGGACAUCCUGGAGGUGAAGCCCUCUGAGCUCAGCAAAGAAGUUGGGAUAUCCAAAGAGGAAGCUUUAGAAACUCUACAGAUCGUAAGAAGAGAAUGUCUCGCAGAUAAACCAAGAUGUGCUGGUACUUCCGUGACAGUCAAGAAGUGCACAGCCCUGGAACUUCUUGAACAGGAACACACCCAGGGCUUCAUAAUCACCUUCUGUUCAGCCCUAGAUAACAUUCUCGGGGGUGGAAUACCCCUAAUGAAAACGACAGAAGUUUGUGGUGUACCAGGUGUUGGGAAAACACAAUUAUGUAUGCAAUUGGCAGUGGAUGUGCAGAUUCCAGAAUGUUUUGGAGGAGUGGCUGGUGAGGCAGUAUUUAUUGACACAGAGGGAAGUUUUAUGGUUGAUAGAGUGGCAACCCUUGCAACUGCCUGCAUUCAACACCUUCUCCUUAUAGCAGGAGCACACACGGACGAAGCUGAGUUAGCACAAAAACAUCAGAAAGCCUUGGAGGAUUUCACUCUUGAAAAUAUUCUUUCCCAUAUUUAUUAUUUCCGUUGUCAUGAAUACACUGAGCUGCUGGCACAAGUCUAUCUCCUUCCAGAUUUCCUUUCAGAUCACUCAAAGGUGCAGUUAGUGAUAAUCGAUGGCAUUGCUUCUCCUUUCCGUCAUGACUUUGAUGAUCUGUCCCUUCGUAUGCGGUUACUGAAUGGCCUAGCCCAACAAAUGAUCAGCCUCGCAAACAAUCACAGAUUAGCUGUUAUUUUAACAAAUCAGAUGACAACAAAGAUUGAUAAAAGUCAAGCAUUACUUGUUCCUGCAUUAGGGGAAAGCUGGGGGCAUGCUGCUACGAUAAGGCUUAUUUUUCAUUGGGAACAAAAGCAAAGAUUUGCAACAUUGUACAAGUCGCCAAGCCAGAAGGAGUCCACAAUACCAUUUCAGAUCACACCUCAGGGAUUUCGAGAUGCUGCCGUCACUGCUCCUUCGUCACAGGCAGGAGCGUCUUUGAAUUUCCGGAAACGGUCACGAGAACAAGAGGAAGAGUGCUGACCCAAAACUAAUCUCAGUAUACAGUUAGACUCGCCAUGUGAUAGUCAUUGUAAGGCAUUAUGAGGCAGACAGUCACUGGAAAUGAUCAACACUGAAAAUAUUGGAAACAAUGACAUUUACUUUCAAGAUCACAGAAGUGUGGUUGCUGCAUCCCUGUAAUUCCAGCACUCAGAAGCUAAGGCAUGAGGAUUGCUGCUAGUUCCAGCCUAGCCUGAGCUGCACAACAAGACCCUGUGUCUAAAAAUAAAUAAAAUAUAAAAAUCAAUAAUAUUCAAAUUACUCUUAUAAUAUGUUGAAUUUCAGUUUUGAGACAAAGCUGAAUUGUUUUAUUGCUUUAGAAAACAUACUGUUACAGGAGAGAAGCUGACUGUUCAUAAUAUGUAUUUUUAGUUAACAUCAGUGCCUAAAUUUACUGUUACUGUUAAAAUUUACAGAACAUUUUGCUCCCUUAGAACUGAUUUUGGCAUAAAAAUAUGUUGACAAGAUUUCAUGUAUUUUUGACCACAGUUUAUUUCUUUGCUUGUUUUCAGUCGCAAUUUACCCUUGACACAGGCUUCUUGGUAUUUCAGGUGUCCAUUUGACUUCCAUUCUAUGUAGUGAGAUGGAAAGUGAGUUUUUAAGCAUUCUAUUACUUUACAAUUUUUAUGUGUAACUUAAGAAAAUAUAAAAAUUAUUCUCAUUCAGAAGAAUGGAGG